CUGAGGUGGCGGCGGCGGCGGCCUGAGGCGAUGGCUUUCCAGCAGCUGGCGGACGCGGCGGACAAAUGGUGCUCGCGCACCCCCUUCGAGCUCAUCGCCACCGAGGAGACGGAGCGCAGGAUGGAUUUCUACGCCGACCCGGGCGUCUCCUUCUACGUGCUGUGCCCGGACAACGGCUGCGGCGGGGACAGCUUCCACGUCUGGAGUGAAAGCGAGGACUGCUUGCCUUUCCUGCAGUUGGCGCAGGACUACAUCUCCUCCUGUGGUAAAAAGACACUGCAUGAAAUACUGGAAAAAGUCUUCAAGUCAUUCAGACCUCUAUUGGGGCUUCCAGAUGUAGACGAUGAUGCGUUUGAAGAAUAUAAUGCAGAUGUGGAAGAAGAAGAGGCGGAAGCCGAUCACCAGCAAAUGGGUGUCAGUCAGCAGUAAUUUUCAGAGGAAUUGAAAUAUAUUUUAUCCUACCAGGUGGGAUCGCUAUGCUUCUGCAUUAGCAUUUUUGAAUGACGCAUCACACUGGAAAAUCUGACUCCCAAACCCAAAGUUUAAAGAAAACAACAAUAUUUUUCAAAGUCUGUGAUGAGCUUUGCUAAGAAGUGGCCUGAAUUUAACUCCUGCUUCAGUGAGGUUUCUAUGGUGUUGUCUCAGUAGCGUUCUGCCAUUGUUAACUUAGAACUAGGGUUUUUCUUUUCUUCCUGCUGACUUGUCUUUUGUUUUAAUUAUUAUCAUUUUUUUGUUUGUAUAGAAUUAACAUUUCACUGACGUGAAUGUGAUUUGAAUGUAGGAACUAUUUGGUUGGUGUGUUAAGUACUUGCGUGACCUUACAGAGGACCAUCCAUGCAGAGAAUAAAUGCAAUCUGCACUUUCAGUCUUA